GGUUCUCCCGAGCACAGUUCCCCCGUUCCUCGCUGCCCAGUCCCGGUUUUCUCCCGGUCGCCGCCGCCCCUUUCUCCGGAAGUUGUGUGUGGCCUCUCCCCGACAUGGCGGACCCGGAAGCGGCGCCAGGCGGCGGUGGCCGGGCGGGAGCCUGAGCCCCGGAGCCCCCGGGACCCCUCGGCACCCCCCGCCACCCYCGGACACAGCCCAGGACAUGGUGCAGGCUGAAGAGCACAGAUAAAGACGCUCCCACCACUCACUCCACAGCCUGUCCCACCCUCCUGAGGACUCCAUGAGGCAGGACAAGGGCUGAUGGCCUCAGCUUACCCUGCCAUGGAUGGGGGGAACAGCUUUCCACAGCACCAGCAGCCGGGUGAUGCCUUGUGUGGCAUCCCUGGCCUCCGCUCCCAGCUCGCCGUGCCAGAUCUGGAGAAUUCCAUGCUGGCCGCCGACUCAUGGAGUAGCUGCUACCCAGGCUCUUUCCCAACCUCGUCUUUCCCAAGUGAAAACCAGCAAUAUUUUAACCCCCCUCAGGAAUUUUAUGUGGAUCCCAUCAGCGGACCACAUUUCUUGGAUACAAACUAUGCAACUGUGGACCCCACUGACUUUUUAUCAAAAAAUGGGGAUUUUCCUCAGGAUUCUUCUUACCUCGAUGAGCUCUCCAACAACCCCCUCUUCCGCUCCCCCUCGGAUUCCCUCUCCAACAUCGUGGAUCCCAAGGAUUUCCUGACCGCUGACAGCCUGAACCACGUGCCAACACUAUGGGAUGUGGACACGUCGCAGCAGAACCAGAAUGAGCUGUUCUCCCACAGCACAUCGUUCCCUGGCCUGAACAGCUCUGGUGACCACGUUCUUGAUGUCCCCAACACCCCUCUCCUCAUCAGCUACCAGUCUCAGGCUCCUCCAGAGGAGGAAGAUGAAGGUGAGGAGGAAGAAACAGAAGAGCUGGGGCACACAGAGACCUAUGCAGAAUAUAUCCCUUCAAAGUCCAAGAUUGGGAAGCACCACCCUGACCUGGUGGUGGAGACGAGCACCCUGUCCAGCGUCCCCCCUCCUGACAUCACCUACAGCCUUUCCCUGCCCCAYUCCGUGGCUGACAAAGGCUCCCUGUCUGCACUACAGCUGGAAGCCAUCAUCUACGCCUGCCAGCAACAUGAAGUUUUAUUGCCCAAUGGGCAGCGAGCUGGGUUCCUCAUUGGUGAUGGUGCUGGAGUUGGAAAGGGCAGGACUGUUGCGGGCAUCAUCUUUGAGAAUUUUCUUAAAGGGAGGAAAAAAGCUCUGUGGUUCAGCGUCUCCAACGAUCUCAAGUACGAUGCUGAGAGGGACCUKAAGGACAUCGAGGCCUCCCACAUUCCUGUGCAUGCUCUGAACAAGAUUAAAUACGGUGACACAGCUACCUCAGAAGGAGUCCUCUUCGCCACCUACUCGGCGCUGAUCGGYGAAAGCCAGGCCGGGGGACAGCACAGGACACGCUUAAAACAGAUUUUGGAGUGGUGCAGGGAAAACUUUGAGGGAGUUAUUGUGUUUGAUGAAUGCCACAAAGCCAAAAACGCCAACUCUACCAAAAUGGGCAAAGCAGUGCUGGACCUGCAGAACAAACUGCCUCGAGCAAGGGUUGUCUAUGCCAGUGCCACAGGUGCCUCAGAGCCAAAAAACAUGAUUUACAUGAGCCGCCUGGGGAUCUGGGGGGAGGGCACCCCGUUCCGAGCCUUCGAUGACUUCCUGAGYGCAAUUGAGAAGAGGGGAGUGGGUGCAAUGGAGAUCGUGGCCAUGGACAUGAAGGUCAGUGGGAUGUACAUCGCCCGGCAGCUCAGCUUCACUGGGGUGACCUUCAGGAUCGAGGAGAUCCCUCUGGAUGAGAAGUACAAGGCUGUCUACGACAGGGCAGCCAAGCUGUGGGCAGAGGCCUUGAUGGUGUUCCAGCAGGCAGCUGACUGCGUGGGGCUGGAAUCACGGAAAUCUCUGUGGGGUCAGUUUUGGUCGGCUCACCAGCGUUUCUUCAAAUACCUCUGCAUCGCUGCCAAGGUGCGGCGCCUYGUGCAGCUGGCCCAGGAGGAGCUGGCCAGGAACAAGUGCAUCGUCAUCGGYCUGCAGUCCACGGGAGAGGCUCGCACCAGGGAGGUCCUGGAUGAGAACGAUGGGCAUCUCAACUGCUUUGUCUCUGCUGCAGAAGGCGUCUUUCUGUCACUAAUUCAGAAGCACUUUCCUUCAACCAAAAGAAAGAGAGAAAAAGGACCUGUCAAAAGAAAACUAGGACGGCAGAGGGGCCGCUGCCCCAAAGUUCUGCGGGGCCCCUAUGACCAAUCAGUUGUCAUCAAGAUCAGCGAUGACAGCAGCACCGACUCUGACAUGGGGCUGGACAGCGACUUCACCUCAUCCCCGGAGUCCCUGUUGGGGACAGACGAUGUCAUCUGUGUGGAUCCCACGUCCAGCACCGGCGAGGACAGGGGUAGUUUACACGUGCUGCAAGGCAUGAGAGAGCUGAAGGUUGAAAAGAUGAAGCAGGACCUCCUAGCAAAAGUGAAAGCACUGGGCAAAGACCUACCUCUCAACACCUUGGAUGAACUGAUCGAUUGCUUUGGGGGCCCAGAGAAYGUGGCUGAGAUGACAGGAAGGAAGGGACGGGUGGUUCGCAGACCCGACAACUCCGUCGUGUUCGAGUCCCGUGCAGAGCAAGGGCUCUCCAUCGACCACGUCAACCUGAAGGAGAAGGAGCGUUUCAUGCAGGGAGAAAAGCUCGUAGCGAUAAUCUCAGAAGCCUCCAGCUCAGGGAUCUCCCUCCAAGCAGACAGACGGGUGAAGAACCAGAAGCGCCGGGUGCACAUGACCCUGGAGCUGCCCUGGAGCGCUGACCGAGCCAUUCAGCAGUUUGGCCGAACACACCGAUCCAACCAGGUCUCUGCUCCCGAGUACGUGUUCCUCAUCUCAGAGCUGGCAGGGGAGAGGAGGUUUGCAUCCAUCGUGGCCAAACGCCUGGAGAGCCUGGGUGCCUUAACUCACGGGGACCGACGGGCCACCGAGUCCCGGGACCUCAGCAAGUACAACUUCGAGAACAAGUACGGGACCAAAGCCCUGCUCCACGUCCUGUCCACCAUCAUCAGCCACAUGGAGAGCAGGGUUCCUGUGCCCAGGAGCUACCAGGGAGGGCACGACGCCUUUUUCCACGAAAUGAAGCAAGGGCUCAUCUCCGUGGGGAUCUGCUACAACCAGAUGAAGUAUGGCACUGUCUCCAUGGAGAAGGACUGCUCCAUCACCAAAUUCCUGAACCGCAUCCUGGGCYUGGAGGUGGACAAGCAGAACAUGCUCUUCCAGUAUUUUUCUGACACCUUUGACUACCUGAUAGAGAAGGACAAGAAGGAGGGCAAAUACGACAUGGGCAUCCUUGAUUUAGCCCCAGGAGUGGAUGAGAUCUACGAGGAGAGCAAGGAGAUCUUCCUGACACCAGGGCACCCGCAGGACGGGCAGGUCGUGUUCUACAAGAUCAGCGUUGACAGAGGCUUGAAGUGGGAGGAAGCUUAUGAGAAGUCGCUCAAACUGACAGGAAAUUUUGAUGGGUUCUACCUCUCCAACAAGGUGCGAGGCAGCAAAUACACCUGCCUGCUGGCAGAGCAGAGCCACGGGAAGAACUUCAUCCUCUACAAGCCAAAUAUUGGGAAGCAAAGCCAGCCUGAGAGCCUGGACAGUCUGCAGAAGAAAUAUCGACGGGUGCUGCCUGAGCAAGCCAAGGAGCACUGGGAGAGCAGCUACCACUUCUCCUUGAAGAACUGUAAYCACGCCGUGUGGAACAAGAGCUGCAAGCUGAUCCAGGAGGGGAAGGAAUGCUACCAGGGCAUGCGCCUGAGGCACUAUUACAUGCUGUGCGGGGCCCUGCUGCGCGUGUGGAGCAGGAUCGCCGGCGUCAUGGCCGACAUCACCAGCAGCAGCUACCUGCAGAUCGUCCGCCUCAAAACCAAGGAGAAGAAGAAGCAAGUCGGGAUAAAGAUCCCCGAGAGCUGCGUCCGCAGGGUGCGGGAGGAGCUGAAGCAGAUGGACGAGGACGUGAAGCGGAAGCACAGCCGGCUGCUCCARGCCCAGGAGCAGAGCUCACCCUUCCCCCUGCCCCUCCUGCCAGCRCCCGGGCUGCCCCUGCCCUCCCUGUGCCCCGAUGAGAUCCUGGACCUGACCUGCAGCCCUCCCAGCAACAGCAUUCCCGACAUGGGGUUGAACACGGAGUCCAGAGCGCUCUGCUUCUCCUCGGAGCCCUCCCUGCAGCCCCAGCAGCMSCAGCAGCAGCAGCACAGAUUGUCCUUUGGCUUUGGCCACGCUCCCAGCCUGGAGGGUGGUGCAGCCCCUGGCCCUUUGCUGCACGAGCCCCCUGCCCUGCAGGCCCUGGCCCUCCCGCAGCAGCCACAGGAGGAUUUUUUCCAGCAAGACGGGAAUAUUGAUAUUAAAGCCAUCCUGGAGGACAUGUUCAGCAGGCCCUCUCCAGAAAACCUGCUCCCCCCGGAGCGCCAGAGCGUGAUCCAAUUCAGUGGGCCUUACCUGGAUUUCUGAGUGCCAGCUGGGAAUGCUGCUGUGGAUCCGUGUCCUCUGGGGCAGAGGUGAGAGCUGAGGAGUCCUGAUUUUGCUACUGCUUCGGACUGACCCUGCUCUGGUUUUGAGGGAAGAAAAAGCCUGUAGUUCCUUACAGGGAAAUUUAUUUAUAUCUAAUAUUCAGUCAGGCAUGUAUACAGGUUUGUAUGGAAAGUGCCCCGGGGGGAGCUGAGUGGGUYCCCCUGGGCUGAGGGGCUCUGCUGGGUCGAGUCCUGCUCACAGGUCAGUGGGAUUGAGGGGAGACCCCUCCUCUGCCCACCCCCUGCAGACUACUGAGUGUCCRAGCCUUCCCCAGCUCUCCAGCCCAGUAGGGCCAUGGCCAGGCUCCAGAAUGACCCUCUGACCAUGUGCUGGUCAGUUAUGGAAGGGUGGGAGCCCAGCUUGGGCUGCCCCAGCACUGCUGGGGACCCUGAGGCUGUGCUGGGAUGAAGGGAAGGGAAUGAAAUCCCAGAGGAGCUGGGAUAUGCUGAGCUCAGGUGUCCUCUGGCAGGGCUGAAAAGGUGAGAGAGCCAGAACUGCCUGUGCUGCCCUUCCCGGGAAGGGACCUUGGGCCACCUGAGCUCCGUGGGAGUGGCCAGAGCUGGCUGCACCCCCACGGURACAGAGCUCCAAUCUGUCAGAGCUCAGCCAUGCCAGGACCAGCAGGAUUCCCCAGAGCAGAAGGGCCACGUGUCCCCUGUCCUGCACUUUAACCUCACCAGGUCACCAUGACCAGAYGUGCUUUGGCCAGUUUCCUGCUGUCACAUGUUGUCCCUUCACCUGGACAUCCCACUGGUCCUGCCACUGUCCUUGGCUGGGCCAUGGACCCCGGUCCAGGGGUCUGGGUCAGGGCAUGCGGUGUCAUUGUCACUGCUCAGGGUAUGUAGUGUCAUUGUCACCGCCCCGGGGUGUGCAGUGUCACUGUUUAGGGUGUGCAGUGUCACUAUCACUGCCCAGAGUGUGCAGUGUCAYUGUCACCWCSCCGGGAUGUGCAGUGUCAU